CUGCAUAGAGUAGGUAAAUUUAUCAGUUGAUUGCUGUUGCUGUAAAUUUAGUGUAAAUUAAAACUUUUAUUACCAACGAAGUAUAGAGCGAAAGAAAAUUGUACAUAAGUUUAAAUAUUUACCCUUUCUUUGCAAACUAAAAAAUAUUUUACCAUGGCCCAUUCAUCUUCAUCUAGUGGUAAUAUAAAAAGUGGACUAAUAGAUUUCACAGCAGGAUCUCUAGGUGGAGUAGCUGUGGUCUAUGUUGGCCAACCCUUAGAUACUGUGAAGGUUAAGAUGCAAACCUUUCCACAUCUUUAUAAGGGGAUGUAUGACUGUUUGAAACAAACAUUUAGAAAUGAUGGUAUAAUCAGAGGGCUCUAUGCUGGUACAACACCAGCAAUUAUGGCUAACGUUGCUGAGAAUUCAGUCCUGUUUGCAGCUUAUGGUUACUGUCAAAAAUUUGUUUGCCAUAUGACAGGAACUGAGAGUGUGGAUCAACUGUCGACCCUAAGCAACGCAACAGCCGGUUUUCUAGCAUCGUUCUUCUCUUCAUUCACACUGUGCCCAACAGAACUCAUAAAGUGUCAGCUACAAGCAAUGAGAGAAGUCAAUGUUCAAGGCUCACAAACAGCUGUUAAAAUAACUCCACUUCAGUUGACACAACAGAUAUUUAGACAAUAUGGUAUACAAGGAUUAUUCAGGGGGCUUGUACCCACUAUCAUGAGAGAAAUGCCAGGGUAUUUCUUUUUCUUUGGCGGAUAUGAAGGAACAAGAGAAUUAUUAGCAAAGCCCGGCCAAUCGAAAGAAGACAUAGGUUUCUUUAAGACCAUGGUGGCCGGAGCAGUCGGAGGGCUAAUACUGUGGACUGUCAUAUUCCCGUCUGAUGUAAUAAAAUCGCGGGUGCAGAUAUCGAACAAAAGUCAAAAGUUCUUGACCGUUGGCCUGGAGAUCAUACGAAAAGAAGGAGCCUUAGCACUCUACAACGGGCUGAAACCAACGUUAGUAAGAACCAUUCCAGCCACGGCGACACUCUUCGUGGUAUACGAGUAUUCCAAAAAGUUCAUGCAUCAGUCCUUUGGGGAUUAAUAUUUUUAUUAUUGUACACUAUAAGCUAGAAUCUAGAUAAAUAUAACAGUCACCUACCCAUUUUAGAUACAUAAUACUUGAUUGUAAUAAAAUAAUUUAGGAAGUAAA